AUGGCAGUCCGCAUCGCUUCCGGCGGUGCGCUUCUGUUCGUCAUAGCAGCACUGCCAGUGCUGGCUUUUGCGUUUGAAAGCCAAGGGGGAGGAAGAGCUGGGGGAAGCGGCACAGGGGGGGGGACGCAGAUCGUCAGUUCCCUUUCUCCAGUCAGGGGGCUGCCAGCGCUAGCAAUGGUACGACUGAAUUCGAAGGGGGACCCCCAUCCCCACAUCCUGUUGCUGGCACACGUGAACGAAAAGGGGCUCUACGUUGAGGACAAGCACGAAUACUUUCCGUACCCGGCCUUUUCACCGCUUGUGUGCUGCCAGAAGUGCCGGAAUGACCCGGACUGCGUCUACUGGAAAGUCGGCAAAAGCUCACACUCGGAGAAUUGGCUCUGCAUCACCAUGUUGGGCGCGCAGUGCGCGAGCGGAGCUAUCACGGGGUCGGCACCCCUCACUUCCGGCGACGACGUCCAAAACUAUCUGCAUGGAUUCGACUGCCUCGCGGCGAAGAGCGUGCCCUGA